UCAGAGGAUUUUUUAAUUAAAAAUCUAUAACAAACCAAAACACCCGGCAAGAGCGCGGCGGUCUUCGCGACCUCACCACCUUCCCCGUCGCUUCGCCCCCUUCGUCUCCACGUCUCCCCCCUUCGAAUCAAAGGGACUUCAUUCAGAAGCUUGGCAAAGGUCGGGUUUUUCAACUGAUAACGGAAUUAACUGCCGUGUUCUUUCCUUGUCGGUAAAACCCAAUUCCUGUUGGGUUUCGUCCGGGUGUAUAGGAGUUUGCUUGGAGAAGUUCCAAUUCUGGGAUCGGGUCUGAAUUGCGAGUCAAUUGAAUUCUUCGAUUGACGAGGCGUUGACCUCCUGAUUUUGGUAAGGUUGGGGGUUGAGCAUUUGAUUCUAUCUGCAGUGAUCUUACGUUGCUGGGGGUGAUACGUCAAUUAAGCCUAUUCGGGUGUUCGUUUCGAGGGUUCGAUCAUUCAUGCUCCUGAGAUACAGGAUAGGAUUGUUGUGAUGAGGAAUUCUGAUUGCUUGUCAAUGGAGGACGUGCUUUAUUGAUUGAAUUUGAGUCCAGGCUUGGUAAUUUGUCAGCAAAUGAUAGAUAGUUCUGUUGCAGAGGUUGAUAGUGUUGGACUCAUACUGAAUUUGGAUCGGUUAAGAUUGCCAUCGGAGGUUAGAAUCAACUGAAAUGGACGACACUAUGACCAGCUGCGGUUCACUGCCUCCUUUCCUUUCGAAGACUUACGAGAUGGUAGAUGAUUCUUCAACCGACUCGAUUGUCUCCUGGAGUGAAAAUAAUAAAAGCUUCGUCGUGUGGGACCCGCCGGAAUUUGCCCGAGUUUUGCUCCCGAAAUACUUCAAGCACAGUAACUUCUCAAGCUUUAUCAGGCAACUAAAUACAUAUGGCUUCCGAAAGAGUGACCCUGAAAAAUGGGAAUUCGCCAAUGAUGGCUUCAUAAGAGGUCAACCGAACCUUCUAAGGAAUAUCCACCGACGAAAGCCAGUCCACAGCCAUUCGGGUCAAAAUGUCCAAACUCAAGGGACCGUCCAACCACUGACUGAAUCGGAGAGACAAGGAUUGAAGGACGAUAUGGAGAGGCUUAAAAAUGAGAAAGAAUCUCUCGUUUCAGAGGUACAGAAGCACGAAAAGGAGAGGGCGGAGCUUGAUAUUCAGGUUCGGGGAUUGAAGGAUAGGUUCCAUUCAAUGGAACAGCGGCACAAAAGUAUGGUCUCGAACUUAGCAGAUGUGUUGCAAAAACCGGGUCUUGCUUUGACGUUGCUGUUCGAGUCUGAACCUAAUGACAGAAAAAGAAGGUUGCCUCGAUUAGGUUACCUUCAAGAUGAGGGAAAUGGAGAGGAAAGUAGCCCCGGGACUUCCCAGAUUUCAGGUAAAGAAAACUCAGACGGGGCUUCUUCUGGGUUAACAUCAAUGAUGGAUCUCUAUGAUCAGCUUGAGUCUUCGUUAACCAUAUGGGAGAACAUCAUGAGUGAUGCUAGUCAAACUUUCGAUCAUUGUUUCUCCAUCUCAAACAACCUUGAACUCGACGAGGCCGCUAGUUGUGCUGAAUGCCCUGCUAUAGACAUGAACUCUGAACCUGCCGUGCCACCUGCUUCUGAACCUCCUGGGCCAGCCCCAUCUAAGGAACAGAAGGAGGCCAAUCCUGUUACUACAGGUGUCAACGAUGUUUUCUGGGAACAGUUCCUAACAGAGAAUCCGGGUUCGUCGGAGACUCAGGAGGUUCAGUCAGAGAGGAAAGACAAGAACGAGGGCAAGAGUAGCACUGACGGAAGAUAUUGGUGGAGCGUGAGGACUGUAAAUUACCUAGCGGAGCAGAUGGGCCAUCUUACCCCUGCGGAAAGAACUUAAUUGGCUGCGCGAUUGAUUUUCCCGAUUUUGAUGGCUCGGUGGCGCUGUUAUAAUAAUUUAGGUAUGGUCCCAAUCUGUUGUAUCCCGCAUUGAAUUAAUGUUCUGUUUAAUCUCUGGUUUUCUUCCCUUUUUUCCCCCUUAAUUGUGAUGAUCGAUUUCCAUUACAGUAAUCUUCAGUAUGGCAUCCUGAGAGUGCUAGAGUGGCAUUUACUGUGAUCUGAUAUUGUGUGGAACCUGUGUCUUUGAAUUUGCAUAUAUAGUUGUGUUCAUUGUAAUAAUCUUUCUGUUGGGUCGUGAGCUGUAACUCUUGCUAUAUCUUGGAAUGUAUGCAAAUAUUGUUCUGCCUCGAAAGCAUCUUUUCUUUA